AUGGAUCUUUGGCCUUUUGAAUACAUCCAGGGGUGUAGAAAACAUUUUGUUCUUUCCGUCCCCGCUGUGUGGUCGGAUAAGGCAAAAGACUUAACUUUGCAGGCGGCUCGGAAGGCUGGUUUUUAUCCAGUGACUCUCGUCAAAGAGCCCGAAGCGGCUUCGUUGUACGCACUAACAGAAUUCAAAGAGAGGGGGCUGGCUAAUGGUGACGCAUUCGUGAUUUGCGAUGCUGGCGGUGGCACCGUGGAUCUCAUAUCAUAUGAAAUCGUUCAAUUAGACCCUAGGCUGGAGUUGAAAGAGCUCGUGCCUGAUACAGGCUGCAUGGCAGGCUCAUUGAAUCUGAACAACAGGUUCCAAGAAAAAGUCAAAGAACUAGUGGGGGAAGCUCAGUUUAAUGAUCCGAUGAAUUCUAGGUGUUUCAGGUUUGCCUGGGAGCAAUUCGAGACUUCUGUCAAACGAGAUUUCCUUGGUCUUGGUGAUCGAGCAAACUAUUUGCACUUCCUAGGUGCAAAGCUCAAAGACGACCAACCGAAGGGGCUUGAAAAUAACUGCUGGAUUAUGAAGAGUGCUGAGUUGAAAGAGAUAUUCGACCCUAUAAUUGCAGACAUCAAGGUCAAAGUCCACGAGCAGGUGCAGGAGGUCAUGAAAAAGAGACUAUCGGAGAAUCAUCCCAAGGCGGAAAAAAUAAAGGCAAUUUUACUCGUAGGAGGUUUUGGUUCUUCGAAGUACCUCAAAUCUCAACUAGUUCUAGACCAUCCGGCUAUCCAAGUUAUCCAGCCGCAUGAUGCUUGGUCUGCAAUUGUCAAGGGUGCUGUUCUCACGCACCUUCCUCAAAAGGUCAUGGUAGUCUCAGCACAGACGACACGGCACUAUGGCGUCUCAGCCCACCGUACCUAUGAUGACGUAGAAGAUAUCGGCUAUCCCAAGCUUAUGAAUGCGUACGGAAAGUGGAAGACAUCCGGUAUGACUUGGUACAUAGAGCGCGGAGAAGAUCUUCAACGACCACAAAAGAUAAAAUUUUCGUUUUAUCGAGUUCUCCACAAGUUAUCGGAUGAGACUAUUAUGUUCAAGGAAACCCUUCACCAUUGCGAAUUAGUCGAUGCGCCUGUCCGCCCUGGUCCGACGGUAGCGGUGAAUUGUAGCCUGAAAGUCGAUCUGAGGGGCGUAGAUCGGACGACAAUCAGGAAGAAAAUCGAGAGGUUUGGGGACCAAUGCUGGGACGUCCAUUUCGAUUUGGUCGUGACAAUCAACUCUGCCAUCAUGAUGUUUUCACUUGAGUACAACGGCGAGGAAAUGGGUAGUGUUGAGGCCAAAUAUGAUUGA